UUUAAUAUCAGUAAACAUAGAACUCAAUAAAUAACAGUAGGUCUUAAGCCCUAGUUCCAUACUCAGCUCAUGAAACCCUGAUAUCUAGCAUCGCUCUCAGCAGGAGAUCCUGACUGUCCUAAAAAUACAGAGAAGCUUUCUACCUCACCCAUGGAUAGCAGAUGGAAAAAGAGUGCACAAUUCCCAGUGAUAUCUUCUACAGCUUCCCAGUAUCUUCCAAUGAGGUCUUACCAUGACAUUUUUAAUAUUUCCACGGAGUUCUCACCUGCAACAUUCACUCUUGUUGGAAUCCCUGGGCUGGAAGCAGAGCAUAGAUGGGUAUCUAUCCCCUUCUGCGUAAUGUACACCAUCAUCUUCCUAGGGAACGGCACCAUACUUCACGUCAUCCGUACGGAUCCAGCUUUGCACCAGCCUAUGUACUUCUUCCUGGCAAUGCUAGCCUUUGUUGAACUGAGUGUCUCUACUUCUACCAUGCCCACUGUGCUAGGCAUCUUCCUAUUUGGUAUCAACGAUAUCAGUUUUGGUGGGUGUCUGCUCCAGAUGUUUUCCAUGCACUCUUUCACCCUCAUGGAGUCAGGCGUGCUCCUGGCUAUGUCAGUAGACCGCUUUCUAGCUAUCUACAGCCCACUACGCUACACAGCCAUUCUGACAGUUCCCCGAAUUGCUGGGAUUUGCUGCUUCAUUGCUGUGCGCAGUCUCCUGCUCAUGCUACCACUUGUCAUUCUCCUGAAGUGUCUACCUUUCUGUGGCCAUAACUCCCUCACACUCUCUUACUGUCUCCACUCAGAUUUAAUCAAAUUGCCCUGUGGAGACACACGCCCCAAUAGCAUUCUGGGUUUAUUUGUCAUUACCUUCACAUUCGGGCCAGAUAUAUUGCUCAUUGUGGUCUCUUACAUACUUAUUCUUCAUACAGUACUGAGGAUAGCGUCUGGGGCGGGGCGGAAGAAGGCACUCAACACUUGUGUGUCACACAUAUUUGCUGUCCUUGUGUACUAUGUACCCAUGGUCAGUCUCUCCUUGGUUCAUCGCUUUGGGCGACAUUUGCCUCGGUUUCUCCAGACAUCCAUGGCUAAUGUCUACCUCUUCUUCCCACCUGUGGUUAACCCCAUUGUCUACAGCAUAAAAACCAAAGAAAUUCGCCACAGCAUUGUUCGUACACUAUCUAAAAGGAGGGGUGAAGUCUAA